AUGUCCGCCCUUUACCGACCCACUGCGGCGUGUGCUGCCAAUGCGGCAGGGAAGACAACCAGCACCGACACGCUGAUUCUGUGCCGUGCGUGCGGACACGAGCUGGCCUCCGGCGCGGACACCAUCCCCACCGUGCACAGCCGCAUGGCGCUGGCCGGCCGUAAUGACACGUUGCCGGGCGGCCGGAGGGUGCACGUUCAGAUGUUUGAGAACCCACAAGGUCUUCAAUUCGAGGUGGUCACCUUCCGCAGAGCGGACGUGGACAAACGGUGGCCGGCGGAGAAGCACUUCUCUUGGUUCCCGGGAUUUUCGUGGACCGUGGCAACAUGCCCGCGAUGUAGGGCUCACUUAGGUUGGGCCUUCCAGCCAAGCUCAUGGCCCACCACCAUCUCAUCGUCGCUGUUCGAGUCUUCGGAGCAGACCUUCCUGGCUCUGAUUGUCGACCGCCUGCUGAGAGAAGAUUUUGCCUCCAGCCUGCUCAUCACCCCCAAAUCCUUCAUCAGCUGA